UGAACUUUUCAAUUUUGACAAAAAAAACACUGAACUUUUUUUUUGUCAAAUAAACACUAAGCUUUUUAAAUGGUCCAAAAAAUACCUGAACUCUUUAAUAAUUGUCAAAUCAGACAAAACGAGCUGAUGUGGCAUCCGAAAAUGCAUAUGCGGGGUGCAAAAAAUUAUUUCGUGAUGUCACGUCGACAUACACGUGGGAUGAGGACGUGUGGGAUUGGGAGUCACAGUUGCAGCAAAACGACGUCCUCGGUUUCUUCAUCUUCGCCGUUUCCUUCGAAUCUGAGAUCGUCUUCUUUGUCUUUCACCGGAGCUCCUCAUCCGAUGUUUCGUCUCUCAGUCACUCUUUAUUGAAGGAUUCCGACCGUCAAACCACCAUUGCCUCAGAGCUCAAGCAACAUCUGCGCAUGAAAAUGGCAGUCGAUAUCUAUCAAGCAUACAUCUUUGAACACACAGAGAGCAAACAAAAUAACUCAGAAAUAAACUUCCAGCUUAUUUAUGAUUAUCCUUUGGAGCAUCAGAUUCGAAAUAGCAGUAAUUGAAAUGCAAAGUCGGAACAAAAUGGUACUUGGGGUACAGAGAAUUAGAGAAAUUACCGAGCUCAUGCCAACGGCGAAGAAAGGAAUAUGAUCGGGUUUCUGGUCGGUAAAGGCGGCUCCGUCGGGUCGGGACCAGACAUCCUCCUUGAACUUAGGACCACCUUCAGGGCUUCAAUGGCAUCAUUCACACUAUCCUGGGUAGCCCUAAUCAUAGUCUCAGAAACCUCUUUAUCGAUGUAGAUGGAACAUCGUAUGGAGAAAUGGGUGAAAUGGAGACGAUGGGAGUUGGAGAUGAGAGACAACGAAGACGAACAAGAAAGAGACGCCAUUUUUGUUCGGCUGAUCAGAUUCGAUUACGCGUCAUGUAGAGGAGAGGAGGAAGAUGGUGUUAACUGAGACGACAUCGUUUUGUUGAACCGUGACUCUCAAUCCCACGUGUCACUCCUCAUCCCACAUGUAUGUCGACGUGACAUCAUGAAAUAAAUCUUUGCAAGCCACAUAUACAUUUAUGGAUGCUACAUCAGUUCGUUUUGUCUGAUUUGACAAUCGUCGAAGAGUUGAGGCCACAAACACUGUUACAACCGGUAGAGAAUCGAUUCAGACUUCAGUUCAUCAACGAAUUUAACGAUCGGAUUUAUACCGGUUGCUCGAUAAAAUCAAAGGACGGUUCAUCGACGACGUUGGAACUCGUUGAUUCGGGUAACGGCGACCAAAGAGUCGCGUUCGGACAACUAUCCUCACUUCAAGUCGAGAUCCUCGUUCUUAGGGGUGACUUCGUGAAGAACGAGUGGGAUGACGAUGAAUUCUGCCACAAUAUUGUGCGUAACAGGAGUGGAAAAGCUCCAUUGCUCGACGGGAAUGUCUACGUGACGUUGAGAGCAGGGGUUGGGGUUAUCGAAAACGUUAAAUUCACCGACGUUUCUAGCCGGAGAGACGGGAAAAGCUUCAGGCUUGGAGCUCGGAUCAUCUCCGGACUAACUUCUCGUGGCGUGAACAUUAAAGAGGCGAGAAGCAACGAAUUCAUCGUUAAAUGUGGCCGACUAAAAGAGAAUGAUAAGCAUCAUCCACCGAUGCCAAAUUCUGAAGUGUGGAGACUGAUCCAAAUCGGAAAGGAUGGACCUUUCCAUAGAGGGCUUGAGAACAAUCAAAUCUCCAAUGUCAAAGAGUUACUUCGGAUGCAUAAUACUAACCCCGCCAAAUUACGCGAGAUAAUAAAAGAGAGCGGGAAUAUGAGCGAAAACACGUGGAGGAAUGUGAUAUCCCAUGCAAUGGAAUGCGCCACAGACACCAACGAGCUCUAUGUCUACGAAAGCGGUGCAUUAAACCAACCCCGUCUCGUCUUAAACUCCGUCCACGAUGUCGUGGGAAUUUCCAUCGAUGGCUCGGCGCGUAUUCUAUCUCUCGACCAACUGGAUCCAUCUCAACAGGCACUGGCGGACCAACUUAAGCUCCAAGCUUACGGGAACACAGACAAGUUGGUUCGAUUGGAUCACAACACUCCCCCGGCUCUUUCAAGGGCGCCGUUGCCGAAUCCAGCAUUGCAGAUCCGAAGCGAUGACGAAUUCGACUUUUCAUACUAUCUUCUCCUGCACAUUUCAGCAUCGACCAAAUCUUGUGUGACCCACCCGAAGAUGUCAGCAUAGACAAUGGAGUUUCUCUGAAUGAUAGAUAGAGUAGUCCAAAAUUAUUUCAUGUCUGUUUAUUUAUUAAGAGUGAGAGUGGGGUGAAAAAGCAAAACCCCAUUUUUACAAUUUGUAAGUGAACUCCACGUUGUUUUCAUUGAUAACAACGGUGUGUAGUUCUUUGUUAUAACGUUGAAACGGGAAGGCGUUUUGAUUUGAAUCUC